AUGUCAGCUACAGAAACCGUCACCACUCUUACUCUGGAGCCUACUAGUACGAAGAGUGUGCGCACUUACAAAGACGCCCCGGGAAUCGUAGUCACCAAGACGAAAUCAGUUCCUAAUGAGCUUAUUGAGGCAGCUUCUGCCACUUUAUACCUUCAUCCGCACGGAGAUUGGAGAGACCAGCUCAUCCGAGACGGCUAUGCGGUGAUAAAAGCAGCAAUCCCUAAGCAGAAAGCUAGGGAAUACCAACAGAAAGCUUUUGGAUGGAUGAAAAGCUUUGGAAACGACAGGCUGGAUUUUCUUGACCCUGAAACCUGGAAGAAAGAGAACCUUCCCCCCGUUGACGUGAACAUUAAUGUCUACAACUGCUACGGCGUGACUCACGAAAAAUUCAUGUGGGAUGCCAGAAUGGAGCCGGGAGUAUUAGGAGCGUUUGAGAAGCUGUGGAACACGGAUCAACUAUUGGCAUCGUUCGAUGGACUCAACGUAACACUUCCUAAUAGAAAAGAUGCUCAACGCAAGUCUCCCUGGCCACACUUUGACCAAUCUCCCUAUAAAGCAGGCCUCCAUUGCGUCCAGGGAAUCAUCAGUCUGAGCGAUCAUGGCCCUGAAGAUGGCGGCCUGGUGGUCUAUAAAGGCAGCCACAACCUGUUCAACGAGUUUUUCAGCACUCAGAUCAGGAAAGAGGACUGGGACGAAUUUAACUACUAUCAGCUCUCGGACGAGCAGCUACAGUGGUUUCUUGACCACGGAUGCGAGGAGGUGAAGGUUAACUGUGAGGCUGGGGAUUUGGUGGUGUGGGACUCCAGAACAUGCCACUGGGGAAUGGAGCCGACCGAAAAAAGCAACACCGUCCGGACAGUUAUUUAUUCGUGCUUCACUCCUGCCAAGUUUGCUUCUGAGGAGGCUUUAAGCAAGAAAAAGGAGCUGUUCGAGAACUUUAGCGGCACCACACACUGGCCACACGCAGACCUCACGGCAGUACGCAACCCGACACACACUAACGUCGAGAGAACAGGUCCUCUUGAAAAACCCGUCAUGACAGACAAAUUGCUUAAACUGGCGGGUGCAAAACCAUAUUAG